AUGGAGGUGGAAUCUUGUCUACAAGGCAUAUGGCUGCAAACGCCAGUGACAUCGGAGGCCCUCCCACCGCUGCAAAUCCAAAUCGAAGACGAUGCUCAAUUCCUAGACGGUCCGAGCAAACACCGCUUGCAAAAACUCGCCAGUGCCGCUCAAAAGGCCUUUGCUGAACACGCCCUUCUUCUGGGUAAGAACCGGCUCUUAUUCGAGCAGAACAAUGAAAGCAACAGUCGCCAAUCAGCUAGGUCAACGGUAGCCGGUAAGGCAAAAGUGAUAAGCUAUGAGGACAUUGUCAAGGCCCAGGCGAAGCAUGAUGCGAAAAAGAGCUAUCCUGGUGAAAGGAAAACGUGGUCGAAAGCGCAAAAAGUUCUGUAUCAGCAGUAUUGGGCGCCAAAAAGACACGGAAGAGUGAAGUAG